AUGUCUGCAUGGAACGACGCUUGGGAUCGGGGCAAACAAAUGGUCGGCGAGCCGUUGGCCAAGUGAGUUCCGUCGCGCGCCAUUUCCGGACCGGAACAAAAAGGCACACUGCCGUGAAAUUGCUCAAAAACGAGGGGCGCUUCAAUGAGUGCACUCAUUCAAUGCGCACAUUUACCUUUUCUUAUCCCCCCAACCAACCAAACUUCUCCUUCUUCUUUCCAGAAUGACUUCGGCUGCUUCAUCAGUCACCUCGGCCGCCACGUCUGCGGCACCUCAAAAAAUGUGAGUCCAAACCUGUCAAAGAUCUGAAACGGGGUUCUUUUGAGGCAAGAGGAAGGCAACGAGAAUCCGAUGAGAAUGCAUUCCAACAAAGUGCUCCAGUUUGUGGAGCAGACGUGGAUCGGAAAGUGCCGGAAACGAUGGCUUCUGGCCGUCCUCGCCAACAUGGGAUUCAUGAUUUCGUUCGGAAUACGGUGCAAUUUUGGUGCUGCCAAAACGCAUAUGUACAGGAAUUAUACUGACCCGUGGGGCAAAACUCAUGUAAGAACAUUUGACUUUUAUGAAAACAGAAACCAAUUAUUGUUUAAAGAUACACGAGUUCAACUGGACGAUAGAAGAGCUGAGCGUGAUGGAGAGUUCCUAUUUCUACGGAUACUUGGUCACUCAGAUCCCCGCUGGUUUCUUAGCUGCCAAAUUUCCUCCUAACAAGUCAGAUUGUAGUAUUGCUGUCAUUAUAAGAGUAGUUGUGUUGCAGGCUUUUCGGAUUCGGAAUCGGUGUCGGCGCCUUCCUGAAUAUUCUUCUUCCGUACGGUUUCAAAGUGAAAAGUGACUAUCUGGUCGCUUUCAUUCAAAUCUGUCAAGGACUGGUUCAAGUGAGUGCCUAAGAGCAUGGCCUCGUCAAAAAAUGUGUUCUUCAGGGAGUGUGCUAUCCGGCCAUGCACGGAGUUUGGAGAUAUUGGGCUCCUCCCAUGGAACGGUCCAAGUUGGCGACCACUGCGUUCACAGGCUCAUAUGCCGGAGCUGUGCUCGGACUCCCUCUCUCCGCUUUCCUCGUUUCGUAUGUCUCAUGGGCGGCUCCUUUCUAUCUUUAUGGUAGGUUGUCUUUAUUGGAACCAAAAUGGGUGUGUCUAAUGUACAAACUGUUCGAACGGAGAUGGAGAAAGGAGAAUUUUAUCAGUGAAGAGGUUGGGGUUGAACGAAUGACGCAUCAACGAGGGGUCUCUUGCUGAGCGUCCACGAUUCCAUCUCGAGUGCGUCGCUCGUUGCCUUCCAGUUAUCAGUGACCACUCCUUGCCCAGUGAAUGUGAUCCUCGCUGGCCGCAGGAUUCUCCGGUAG